UCAAAGCAAAACAAUCAAGCCAAAUAGAACCUCCACAGCAACAUUCCAUUCCGUGCCUAUAUAAAGGGCAGGUUUGCAGGACAACACUUUGUCAGUCCGAUCUUUCUUCGAACGCAGACACAUCCGUGUUAUCGUGAGAAAGGAAAGUGAGGAACAAGGUGAUGGUAUUUGUUUAUCCGCGACAACAGUACCAGCCGAACAAAAUGGAGAACUCUAGCGAACGCCCCACAGACAUGUCUCGGGAGAAACUUAUCCAAGAGCUCGAAGAUACAAGAGAGCAGCUGAAAAAGCAGAAAACCCUGAAAGAAAUGUAUAUUAACAGGGGUAAAGAGACUACAAGAGAGCUAGAGCGGCUGAGAAAAUACAGCGAUGAUGCAACUCUCAGCAGCGCAAAGAUAGCUACUCAGGUGAGAGAUAACACCAGGCAGAAGAAGAAGAAGGAUCUUCAUAAAGAUUACGAGGAGCUGAAGGUUGCCCAUUUAAUCAACGAGGAGAAGUAUCAAGCUGACCUCCAGGCGGAGAAGGACAAAAACAGUCUUCUUCAGAACGAAAUGGAUCAGAUCAGUAUCUCCUACAAUCAGCUUAAAGUCAGGUAUGAAACUGAUGUCAUUGAAGUCAGAGAGCAAGUUGAGACUCUCAAACAAGAGCUUCAGGGCGAAGCCCAGCAAAGAAAACAACAAUACAACGAGCUGGAAAUAGCACAAGCAUCCAGCCAGGACAAGUAUACUGCUGAACUCCAGGUGGAGCAGCAGAAGAACAAACUUCUCCAAGACAAACUGAACAAAAUCAGCCAAAGGUAUGAAACUGAUGUCAUUGAAGUCAGACAGCAGGUUGAGACUCUCAAACACGAGCUUCAGGGCGAAGCCCAGCAAAGAAAACUCCUUCAACAGCAACACAACAAGCUGGAAAUAGCACAAGCAUCCAGCCAGGACAAGUAUACUGCUGAACUCCAGGUGGAGCAGCUGAAGAACAACCUUCUCCAAGACAAACUGAACAAAAUCAGCCAAGGGUAUGAAUCUGAAGUCCUCACUGUGAGACAGCAGGCUGAAAGUCUGCAACGGGAGCUUGAGAAAGAAGUCAAGGCUCACGCUGAUGCAGUGUUGCGAGACUUGCAGGUCAUUACCAACUUGAAGGCUGAGCAGAACGACCUCCGUCACAGAAUGACCGAGGAAAUAAACAAACUCAAGCAAAAGACCCUGGAGAAGGAGAAAUAUUAUGAGAGACAAAUGGAGGAGCUGAAAAGUCAGCUUACUGCUCAGGUCUCUCUCAGCCUUGUCCUCUCCACAGAGCUUAAGGCGUUGAAGGAAGCUGAAAUCACAGAGGAGAAGCCGUGCAAGCAGGAGUCCAUCGCUACUACCUCAGCCCCCGAACUUCUGGAGGUGACCAAAAUCCCCGAGGAGAAGGCACGCAAGCAAGAGUUCAUCGAUACUGUUUCGGCCCCCGAACUUCUGGAGGUGACCAAAAUCCCUGAAGAAAAGGCAUGUGAGCAGGAAUCCAUCGCUUCUGCCCCGGCCUUUGAACUUGACGUGACUCAAGUCUCCAAGGAGACUCACCCAGCUAAACCAAAAAAGUCUUCCUGGAAAAGAGUCCGUCACUUCCUGGGAUUGAAGAAACCACAGAAGUGGAAGAAGUGAGAUGGCUUCAACAACUCAAGCUGUCACAGUUGCCAUCAAACAUCAACAUCAAGAACAUCUCUACUGUGGACAGCCAGUAGAUACCACAUGUCAUAUGUGGUCGGGCAUGGGUUGGCACUACAUCAGUGUUACAUCCAAACAGCAGCACACUCUUGCAGACAUAGUACGAGGAGCUAAUCAGAAAUGCUUCCCAUACUGUGUCUUUUAGACGAGCUACAUGUGUGCUGUCUGUGUGGAGUUAAAGGGAUAUAAAGGUGUAAGGUUAAGAGCCCAAGUUGAGAGAUCAAGUUGGCAGACCUCAAAUGGCCUCACACUGACAAUACAUUGCAGUAUACGCCUCCAACAAGAAACUGCCCGCAGAAAGCUACAAAUGAUGCU